UUAUAGGUCCCGUUCCGAUAUUUUCAAAUGAGUUAAUGGCUUUAGCUUGGCUCUUUAUUCUUCUUAUAUUUUUCACAAAGGUCGACGUUUUCUCAAUUGAUUUAGAACGAACGUGUAGUUAGUUUUGGCUGGAUUCCUACGUUAGGUGAACCGAUGCUGAAAGUCUAAUUUAUGUUUUUUCAUGAACGAAUUGGAACGUGGCCGUAAGACGUACUGCUGGCGAAGUAACCCGUGGCGGGAACAACUAAGCAAUGAGUAAAAUUACACAAGUUGAUAUUUUAAAACUUGUGUGUGUACCCUUCGUGUAGCACCUAUUUGUUUUGUCAUAAUAGCAGAAGAUAUCUCUAAUAACUGGAGCAGGCCAGGCAUGAGUGGAGCACACCUGGACGAAUGGCAGAGGAGGUCCUUUGACAUUUCAUCUGGCAACUGUACACCUGAACAGACGGCCGAUGCCUACCGGGCCCACGUCCUUUCCAUUCAGUAUGCAUGGGCAAGCUCCCAGCUCUCUCAGGCCGACAUGGCCGGCCUGCUCAGGACCUACUCGGAGCGCUACGCUGCAGUGCUGGACUCGGAUGACCCCAACACAGGGCUUAACAACUAUGCAGAGAGCGCACUGCAUCUGGCCCGCAGUCAGAAGAACUACAGUGACAAAUGGGAGUCGUCCCUUACAACAGAGAGUGUGAUGGAGCUGCCCUGCGUGAGGAGGAUGGUACAGGCAGGGAAAGGUGGAGGAGGCUCCCUGGUGGCAGCAGGAGAUGUUAACAUAUGUGUUGGAGUCAGGUCAGAGGCUGCAUUGUUCAAACCUAUAGGCCCACCGCAGCCUAAAACAGAGGCUAACAAUACUAUCAGUAAUCCUGCUACUAAUAUUGCUUUAGAGAGGCCAAGAGGCUCUGAGGGGAUCUCAGGGAAUCCAAACUCCUUCUCCCGACCUCCAGCCCGACCGCAGUCUGUGUUUAGUCAUUCUUCUUCAGGCCAUCCACAGGGAAACCCUGGCCCUGCAUGGGGUGGACAAAACAAUCAGUCCUCCUACUUCCCCACCUGCAACACCUCGAAGCGGAAGAACUUUUACAACCCAGACGGAGGGGGUGGUGGCAGGGGGCAACACGGAGGUCAAGCAGGUUCUGACCCUCGAGCUGGAGGCAACUUUAGAACGGCUCGUGAGCAGUUCAUUGUUGAUCAGCAGAAAAAACACUCCAAUCAGCCUACCAGAGGUCAGACCAUGGCAGCAACUGUGAAGAGAUCUCUGGGUGCUAACAGGCCUCGAGGUGCCUUUUCUAAAUUUGUGUCACCUAUUCCACGACCGGAGGAGGAAGAAGAAGAAGCUAGCCGUAAUUCCAAUCGGGAACCUCAGAUCCUGGACGAGCGCCUGAAAAACCUUGAGCCCAAGAUAAUCGAGCUGAUCAUGAGUGAGAUCAUGGACCACGGGCCUCCUGUCGCCUGGGACGACAUAGCAGGCCUGGAGUUUGCCAAGGCCACCAUAAAGGAGAUAGUGGUUUGGCCCAUGCUGCGACCUGACAUCUUUACUGGCCUCCGUGGUCCGCCCAAAGGCAUCCUGUUGUUUGGACCCCCAGGGACCGGAAAAACUCUGAUAGGGAAAUGCAUAGCUUGCCAGUCAGGUGCCACCUUCUUUAGCAUCAGUGCUUCAUCACUCACAUCCAAGUGGGUGGGUGAGGGGGAAAAAAUGGUGCGAGCCCUUUUUGCCAUCGCCCGCUGCCACCAGCCUGCUGUCAUUUUCAUAGACGAAAUUGACUCACUGUUGUCCCAGCGGACAGACGGGGAGCACGACUCAUCACGUAGGAUAAAGACGGAGUUCUUGGUCCAGCUGGACGGGGCGGCCACGGCAGCCGAGGACCGCAUCCUGGUGGUGGGCGCCACCAACCGGCCUCAAGAGAUAGACGAGGCCGCCCGCCGCCGCCUGGCAAAGAGGUUAUACAUCCCCCUGCCUGAAGCAACGGCCCGCCGGCAGAUAGUGACUAACCUCAUGUUUCAAGAGAAGAACCAGCUGAGAGAGCAGGAGCUGGAGAGCGUGGUAACCGCCUCCGAGGGCUUCUCGGGGGCUGACAUGACUCAGCUGUGUCGAGAGGCAGCGCUGGGGCCCAUCCGCAGCAUCCAGCUCAGUGACAUUGCCACUAUCACUGCAGAUCAAGUGCGACCGAUCCUCUACACUGACUUCCAGGAGGCCCUGAAGACAGUACGACCCAGUGUCUCAUCAAAAGACUUGGAGCUGUAUGAAGACUGGAAUAAGACUUUUGGAUGUGGACGUUAAGCGAGACUCAUCAUCCUGAUUACACCUCUGUUUAAGUUAUAGAUGCUAUUUUGAACUGAGUUGAUAUCUACAUGUUGGCUCUGGAUGAAUCUACACAUUGUUAAUAUUUUCUUUGUUGCACACAAAGCGCAUGGAAUGGGUGGACAAAACAGCAGGAGAACCUUGCAUAACUGAAAGAAACAACUCUGACAGAACUCACCCUAAAAAUAUAGCUUCACAUAGACAGUGGUAUGUAGGUUGGAUGCAUUAUAUUGAGCUGGUGUACUUAUUUUUUGUUCCACCCCCAGUGUAUCAAACAGUUCAUUUUUUAGUUGAUUUGUUAAUCUCUUCACAACCAGCCUGAUGUUUAUUCAACCAUUAAUGUUCAUCAUUACUUACAGGCUGUUGUCACCACACA